UUUAUCUCUUCCAAACCUUCCUGGAUCUCCAUGGAGCAGCCAGACUCGAGCGUCCCAGUCAUAAGCAGUAAAGUGCAGCUUCAUGGAGUGUUGUGGAAAAGAGCCUCCGGAAGACCAUCAGCCAAAUGGGCUCGAAGAUUCUUCAUUAUCAAAGACAGCUUCCUGCUCUACUAUGCUGAGAAUGAGAAAAGAAACUUUGAAACUAACAGAUACUUCAAUAUUCAUCCAAAGGGAGUUAUCCCUCUGGGCGGAUGUGUGGUCGAGCCAAAGGAGGAACAGGGCAUGCCUUUUGCAAUGGUUCUCAACCAUGAGGAUUUUAAUGGCGACAUUGUAUUAGCAGCCGAGUCGGAGUCAGAGCAGAGCCAAUGGCUGGAGAUGCUGGAGGAGUCAGGAAAAGUCACCUGGAAGAACGCCCAGCUAGGGGAAGCUAUGAUUGAGAGUCUGGAGGCUCAGGGACUGCAGCUGGCCAAAGAGAAACAGGAGUACCUGGAUAAACUCAUGGAGGAGACUGAAGAACUCAGCUUACAGAGAGAACAAAAGGCGGAGCUGGAGCGGCUGAAUCAGGUGCUCGAGGAAGAGAAACACAGGUUUGAGGAGGUUCUGAUGGAUCUGAGAACCGAGCAGGAGCAGAUCAAGCAGGAUUUGGAUGGAACAGCUCAGUCACUGAAAGGAGUCGAGUCUGAGAAAGAGGAGCUGAACGGUCUGACCACUCGACUACAACGGUCUCUUGAGGAGCUGUCUAAGGAGAAGCAGCGUACUCUGGAUCUGCUCCGAGAGAAAGGGAUGGGUGAGGUUGAUUCUAAGGACAAGGCUUCUGCUUCUGAUCCAAAAUACCCCAAACCAAAGGAGCAGCUACGGGGCAACCUGAGAAACAUCGAGGAGCACAUGACAUGUCUACUCUGUGAAAAGAAGCAGGCAGAGGAGAGGUUGAGAGAGAAUGAGCAGCGAGCUCAUGUGCUGCAGGAGGAGAAAGAGUUUUACUCAACUCAGGCUCAAGCGCUUCAGCAGUCCCUCAGUCAGCUAACAGCUGAUAAACAGCAGGCUGAAGCUGAGCUCAAGGCUGAGAUGGAGUCCAGGGCAGAGUUAGAACGCAGGCUGAAGAUGGCCGAGGAGGCCCUGAAGAACCUCGAACAGGGUCUGAACUGUUUGGAACGCAGCCGAGAGAGAGACGAGAGGAUGAUAGGAGAUGUCAGCCACCUCCGCAAAUUCUUUGAGGAGUGUAUCUGUACUGCAGAGAUCGAGGCCAAGCUGCCUGCCAUCAUGAAGAACUCUGUGUAUCUGCAUAAAGCUGCUGCUCGCCGAAUUAAAAGCUGUCGCAUCCAGAGACAUGCUUCCAGGCAACACUGGCGGAAACACUCACAGUCUUUUACAGGACCACAUGGUGAGACUUCCAGCAUGGAGGACCUGAAAGAGAGCACUCGACGUCUGACCUCGGACAUCUGCUUUAGACAGCACAACAAACCACAAGGGCGUCAGCCGACAGGGCACAGUGCAGUCUGA